AUGUCUGAGUCCAGACCUCAGCAGCCAAUUGCCAGCCAGAAGCCGGGAUCACAGCCAGUGAACAAUACCAGUCUUUCGCCGGCGAAUUUCGCCACCGUGCCGUCAGAGGUGAAUUCAAGCGAUUCAGACGCAACCGUCUUUGCCAACACUCCCGCCGUUGCCGACACUCCCGCCGUUUCCAACACUCCCGCCGGCGAAUCUUCCACGUCUUCCGCCGCCGGUCCAGCCGGCGAAUCUUCCACGUCUUCCGCCGCCGGUCCAGCAAGGAAAGUUGAGAGGUACACUUUACUCAGGUGGCAACCGCCUGCCCUGUACCCAAGAAUCGUCGGCAAGAUGUCCUGCUCUCUACAAAGGCGGCCACAGCAGAGUACCCCGCCAACGCGCCGGCACCAGAAUCCUCCUUCCGCCGCGUCGAGCCAAUCCAAUCGUCCGAGCGCCGCCGGUCCAGCCGGCGAAUCUUCCACGUCUUCCGCCGCCGGUCCAGCAAGGAAAGUUGAGAGGUACACUUUACCCAGGUGGCAACCGCCUGCCCUGUACCCAAGAAUCGUCGGCAAGAUGUCCUGCUCUCUACCAAGGCGGCCACAGCAGAGUACCCCGCCAACGCGCCGGCACCAGAACCCUCCUUCCGCCGCGUCGAGCCAAUCCAAUCGUCCGAGCGCCGCCGCUGUGGACGGACCGAUUUCUGGGUCGGGGAAUAUUCCACUGCAGAAUUCCGUCGCCCCGACCAACAGGAGUAAACUGCAAAGAUACAAAUUACCCCCGUUGCACCCGCGGCAGCCACCACUCCCACCGGCGAACCUCCGCCGGCCGCCGGCCCAUCGCAACCGCCCCAAACACCAGUUGCAACUUAUCGUUCAUGGGUCAGAAACUAGGGGCAUUUGUAUCUUAUCGAAGUUUUGUUUGCAGUUGAAGGAUGGCAACUUGCCCAAACGUGCUAAAUAUUCGCCCGCCCUUGCAAAUGAGGAUAGACUGGUCAUCGGUUGUGAUGGCAUUCCACAGCUUAGAGGUACUCUCAAAGAUCAUGCUAGAACUGAUGAUGUUGCUGGAACUGGAUCGAGCAUGACGGGCAGCACAGAAGGACCCUCACUGGCAGUGGAAGGGCAGCACAAUGCUGGGGCUGAGACAACAAAGAUGACCAAGGAUUUACCGAGUCUUCUGGAUUCUGUUGGAGAGGAAGAACACCCAAGGGAGGGGGAGCAGCAUGCUGGCGCAGGGUUGGUAAACAUGGAUAUCUCCCUGGAAGUGGAAGUGCAGCAACAUGCUGGGGCCGAGACAACGAAUACAACCAAGGAUUUACCGAGUCUUCUGGAUUCUAUUAGAGAGGAAGAACCCCCACUGGAGGGGCAGCAGCAUGCUGGCGCGGAGUUGGUAGACAUGGAUAUCUCCCUGGAAGUGAAAGUGCAGCAACAUGCUGGGGCCGAGACAACGAAUACAACCAAGGAUUUACUGAGUCUUCUGGAUUCUGUUAGAGAGGAAGAACCCUCUCUGGAGGGGCAGCAGCGUGCUGGCGCGGAGUUGGUAGACAUGGAUCUCUCACCGGAAGAGGAAGGGCAGCAACAUGCUGGGGCCGAGACAACGAAGACAACCAAGGAUUUACUGAGUCUUCUGGAUUCUGUUAGAGAGGAAGAACCCCCACUGGAGGGGCAGCAGCAUGCUGGCGCGGAGUUGGUAGACACGGAUCUCCAUCUUUAA